GUUUCCGGUCGGACCACAGACUACGGGGACUUCCGUUGUUGCCUUUUCUUGCUGGAUAACGAUGGCUUUCCCAGAGUUUACAUCGGAAUAAUUAAAGUGGUUGAUGGCCAGCCUCGCUCCUCCCGUCCCAUCUGCUCUCGCCUCGUCUCUUUCCACGUUGCUUCCCUGCGGCUUCGCUGUGGGGCCUUCGCGGCUUUGCGGAGGCAGGAUGGGGCUGUGGUGGGUGGGCCGCUCGCUGCAGGCUGGAUCCCUGCUGGGGAGGGACGGGGACACAGAGUGGACCUCGAAGUAUCACAGUGACCCGAUGGCUCAGAGCCGAGGCGGUGAACUUACGAUGAACUCCGAGUCCAAAUCGAAUGAGACCAACAGCUCAGAGGCAGAAAAGGCACUGAUGGAGAUAGCAGCAAAUAAAGAAGCCUUACUGCAAAGAGCCGUCUGGAUCAAAUUUGCCUGCCAGGCGCAAAGCAGAGCCCAGCAGAACGUGUCCGUGCACUGUGCCUGUGGCGAGGUGUGUGCGGGCGGGUGUGCGGAUGUGUGUCUGCGCGUGUGUCGGGACAUCCAGCCUGGAACGGAGCUGCUGUUGUACGGAGACACCGCGGGGAAAAGUCAGACAACAGACAAACCUGACACACAGGACAACUCCACUGGACACACAGAUAACCAGCUGACGCACAACAAGGACCCAGACCCCGACAUAGGGAUCAUUCAAGAGAAGGGAGGGGAGGCGGAGGACAAACAGGAGGAAGAGGAGGACGAAGAACGGCGCAGAAACCCGCGCAGAUGCAUCAAGAGAAGUCGCCCAGCCACACACCUGAGGAAGAGGAGAGCGGAGAAAAUCCUGGACAGUGACCCUGACGCUCACACACACAACAGUAACAUCACAGCAGCAGGUGGACACACCGGCAGCGCAGGUAGUGCCCCAGCUGCUGGGGACAGACAGGCAGACUGUGAACCUGCAGACAGACAGACAGACUGUGAACCUGCAGACAGACAACAGACAGACUACAAACAGACAGACUGUAAACCCGCAGACAGACAGACAGACUGUGAACCUGCAGACAGACAGACAGAGUGUAAACCUGAAGACAGACAGACUGAGUCCGAGUCCGACAGUGGCCUCGCUGCACCUCCUCCCGUCCGCUGCAGCUCCCGCCUGGCUGCUAAACCGCGACGCGUUCACUGUCUGACCAGCCGGGGGAGGCAACCCCCCCCCGCCUGCCCCGACCCCGCCGCGCAGACAGAGGGACGGAGCCGGAGCUCCGCCGAGCACGCCGCGUAUGUCCCAGAGAAGGCGGUGUCCGUGGAGAUCUCGCACCCUGACGCCGAGGCGAAUUCGGAGGCGAUCGCAGCAGCGUGCGUUGCCGGGGCGGCCCUUGCGUGGCCUCUGGAGGUCAGAGAGCGGCGCUACAGGUGUUCCAGCUGCGGGAAAAAGUUCUACCAGAUCGGCCACUUAAAGAAACACCAGUUCAGCCACACGGAAGAGAAACCCUUCAGCUGCCAAGACUGUGGGAAGAACUACACCUCGGCAGAAAGCUUCAGAGCCCAUCAGAUGAGUCACCGUGGGGAGCGUCCCUUCCCCUGCCCUCACUGUGAGAAGACGUACGGCCUGAAGCGGGACCUGAAGGAGCACAUGGUGCUGCACACCGGAGAGAAACCGUACGUCUGCGAGCACUGCGGCAAGGCGUUUGCUCGCCGCCCCUCCCUACGCAUCCACCGCCUCCUUCACUGCAGCCGAGUGGUGUACACACAGCCUCCGAAGGUGCGGUGCACAGUCUGCCCAAAGCUGCUCGCUAACUCCGGCUCUUUGAGGAACCACAUGAAGCUCCACACAGGGGAAAAACCUCACAUCUGUCAGCACUGCGGGAAGUGCUUCAGUCAGAAAGGGAACCUCGAGGCUCAUUUGAGAAUUCACAACGGAGAGAAGCCGUUCCCGUGCUCCGAGUGUGACCAGAGCUUCUCCCAGAAACCCGACCUCCGUCGGCACAUGUUCUCCCACACCGGAGGAGGUUUCCUCUGCAGCUUCUGUGGGAAAUCCCUGAGGGACCCACACAGCCUGAAGUCCCACGAGAGACUGCACACUGGAGAAAGGCCCCAUCGCUGCCCUGUCUGUGGAAAAGGCUACACCUUGGCCACCAAGCUGCGGAGACACAUAAAGUCAUCCCACCUGAUGGAGAAGCCGUACCGCUGCCACUGCGGCGCCUCCUACACCGUGAGACAAAGCCUGCUGCGGCACCAAGCUCAGCACAGGACCGAGGGAGGAACUCAGGAGGAGGAGGAGGCGGCGGCGGCGGCGGUGGGGGGGGAGUGGGAGUGGGAGGGAGGACAUCGAGACAAGACGACGAAUGGCAGCAAGAACGAGGUCGCGCGAGACUUGGCGACUUCGGGCUCCAGUCACCCGAAGCCGAUCAGAGGCAGACCCAAGAAGAACUCGCUCCCUCGGGGAGAAGGAGAGAAGCAGGAGGGUCACGUGAGGCGGAAAAGAGGACGAGAAAAAGUGGAGGAAAAGGGGGCGAGAGAAGAGACUGAGACCUCUAGAGAAGAGGGGGCAGGAGAUGACGAGGCCUCGGCUAACAUCCAACACGUCGUCUACGUCCACACAGACGGCCUGUUGGCGGAGAGCUCCGCCCCUCUGCUCCUCACCUCGGAGGGCUCGCUGCCUGCGGGGACGGGCCAGGAGCUGGUGGAGGUGGUGAUAUCGGAGGGCGCCGAGCAGUGCAUCGUGAUCCUUCAGGAGGAGGGGGGCGGACUCUGCUCUGUGGCGCAGACUAUUGAGAUUAACACAGCGUAG